AAUAGAAUAUGAUCAAAAACUACCAUUCAUCUUUGCAUUGCAUUUUAUUCACAGACGUCCAAUUAAAAAAAAAUGUUGGAAAAUAAUUUUUUAUUUUGUAUUCGUAUAUUAUGUUUGUAUUGCAUCCAUAUUGUUAACGAUCAUACCGCUGAAAACGAUAAACAUUACUACAUUUUCAAUUUAUUUUUUUCGUUUACCUUUCGCUAUUGAUGUCACUGUGGUAAUCUCCACUUAUUUUUACCUACAAAACUUGGAGUGCAGAUUCCAAACGUUGAACGGUUUCUGGACACAACUUCCAGAUGGAUUGACGACAACUACUGUCGUUUCCGGUGGAUUAACGCACGUCGAAAUCACAAUAUUGAUGGAUAAGAUUCGUCGGCUACACGCUGAUUUAUCUGAGCUGUUGAGAAUAUUCAGUACGGGUUUCGGACAAAUGCUCUUGGGUUUCUUCGUAUUCAAUUACAUUAAUAUAGUGAUCUCCUUUUUCUACAUAAUUCAAUUUAGGUAUGACUUAUGUGGGACCGAUAUCAUUGGUAUUGUGAAACGAAUAACCCCAUACUUGUUAUGUACACAAAAUUCAUUUUUAAUUAUGUCCAUAAUCAUUGCAGCAUCUCGUGUGAACGAUACGAAAAGGAAGAUGAUUUCAUAUUUACGGUUGAUUAGAAUUUCAAGUUUAGCUGUAGAUACAAAACUCCAAGUGAAAAUGUUCAUGAACCAACUAACAGUUUUUAAUAUGGAUGAAAUAUCAGCUUUUGGAAUUUUCAAUAUUAAUUUGAAUCUUGUUAUGGCAAUCAUUAUUCUACUUAUAACUGGAUUGACAACAUUGUUACAGAUGAAAAACGAUUCAAAUAUGAUACAGUAUAUGAAUAAUACAAUAUUUUUUUAUAAAAAUGUUUCUAAACCAUCCUAAUACUACUACAAGGUUGUGCUACGAAAUUUAAAUCCAGUAAUUUAAACUACAUAUAAUUAUUUUUAUUCUCAUAACGAAUGUAGUUUAAAGCGAAUUUAGCUAGACUUUAUUCAACUUAUUAAUUCCUUUAAAAUAUUACUGUAAUUUUUAUUUU